UAUGCACAACCACUAUAUAUAUAAAUACUCAUUGCGGGAAGUCCAACUUUCAACCACUGAGAAACAAAACAAAAGAAAAAAAAUAUCUGGGAUCAGAAGAAAGAAAAGUUAGCUGCUAGAAAAGUCCUGCGACGAAUUGAAGGUUAAAAAGCAGAGGUUAAGAGAAUAUUCAACUGAAGAUGAAAAGUUACGGUGGAACUAUGAACGAUCAACAGCAGCGAUUGGAUAUGCCGCCGGGUUUUCGAUUCCACCCCACAGAUGAGGAGCUGGUGGUGCACUAUCUCUGCCGGAAAUGCUCCGGCCAGUCCAUCUCUGUUCCGAUCAUCGCCGAUAUCGAUCUUUACAAGUUUGACCCCUGGCACCUUCCUGGUAUGGCUUUAUACGGUGAAAAAGAAUGGUACUUUUUCUCUCCGAGAGACAGGAAGUACCCGAACGGGUCCCGGCCGAACAGGGCCGCCGGAACAGGGUACUGGAAGGCGACCGGAGCCGAUAAGCCCGUCGGGAAACCGAACACUUUGGGGAUAAAGAAAGCCCUUGUCUUCUACGCCGGCAAGGCCCCUAAAGGUGUCAAGACUAAUUGGAUUAUGCACGAGUACCGUUUAGCUAACGUUGAUCGCUCCGCCGGAAAAAGGAACAAUUCCAGGCUUGAUGAUUGGGUGCUCUGCCGGAUAUACAACAAGAAAGGCACGGUUGAGAAGUUCUACAACCUGCCGGAAGUUCAAGAACAGAAGCCGAACAUAACCCAGAAUUUACAGAGCAAGGCGGCGCUACUGCAAGCGCCGCGACUGCCACCGCUGAUUUCGCCGGCGGUGGUGGAGAGCAAGAACGAGUACGUGCACUUCGACACGUCGGAGUCGGUGCCCAAGUGGCACACCGACUCGAGCUGCUGCUCGGAGCAAGUGCUGUCCCCGACGGAGUUCGCCGCCGACCGGGAGGUCCAGAGCGCGCCGAAAUGGGAUGACAUGGACUUCCAGCUCAGCAAUUUCAUCGAUCCUCUAAGAGAUGACCUGUUCAAUGUUCAGCAGUAUAAUAAUCCCUUCCAAGAAAUGUUUAUGUUCACGCAGAAGCCUUGUUAAAUUAGGGGAAAAAACAUGUUUGUAGAGUGCUGAUUGGUGGAUCAUCAUUCAUCCAUCGGAUAUUACUACUAGUUUAGAGCUUAUAAAACGACAUUCUUUGUCCUUGUAAAAACAUUAAUUCAACCGAUUAGUGUCAUGCCAGUAAUUAAGUAUGGCUGAACGAGUCCUAACUUAAAUUAUCAGCGUGGCUAGUUGGGAACUCGGAUGUUGGAUUAAUUCAAACGAUUACUGUAAUAGUAUAAUGCCACUAAUCUGUGUUAGGGUAAAACUAUCAAACCUUGUUUAUACGAUCAAUUUAAUUUAAGUUUAAUCUCUUGUAAACAACAAGAAAUUUCAAGUUGUGGUAAAUUGAGUCUUAG